GGUAAUUGAAACCAACCUAAAGCUCCUUUUUCCAUUAUUCUAAAGGGUCAGUCUCACGUAACCCCAGUUCAACAACCUCUACCCGAUGAUGUCACGACGUCUGGACAGCUUAGAAAAAUUGGUAGUUGAGCAGCGAGGUGCCCCACCUCCACACUGUAACACUGAUUCCAUACCUUAUCCUCUGAACACUAAUAUUACAUUGGAACCUUAUCCCGUUGGUUUCAAAAUACCUCAGCUCGAGACAUAUGAUGGAACGAAGGAUCUGGAUGAUCACCUCCAUGCCUUCUACUCCUGUAUGCAAGCUCAGAAUGCUUUUGAUGCGUUGAUGUGCAAAAUUUUUCCCUCCACUCUUCGUGAUCACGGUCACACAACGGAGCAAUGUAAUAGUCUGAGGUCCGAAUUGAAAAGUCUAGCUCAAAAGGGAAUGCUAAAUGAAUACAUCCAGAGAACAGAGCAACCGAAGUUUGUCAAAGAACAGGGGCCACAACCACAAGGAUCUCAUAAUGCAGACAACAGGCAAGGGGAUUUGAGCUCCAAACAACGAAAAUUGUAUGUCAGGGAGGUGAAGCAUCAAAACCGAGCUAAAAAACGAAAGUUUGACGACGUUGACUGGAAGAAUCAACCCAUCACUUUCACACCUGCUGACUUUGAUAGAGUUGUCAUAGCCCAUAAUGAUCCUUUGGUAACUUCAGUUAUGAUUAACAACUGUGAAGUACAACGUGUCUUUGUUGACAUAGGGAGUGCACUAGACAUUAUGUACUUUCAUUGUUUUGAAAGUCUAGGACUUGAUCUAGCUUGUUGCAGAGUUGUCAAAAUGGCAUCCUCCUUCAAUGUUGUUAUCAGACGACCUACAUUAACCGAUAUCCAAGCUGUGAUCUCUCAAUCUCACCUCUACAUGAAGUUCCCAACCCCCAUGGGGAUAGCAACACUACGAGAGAUAGUAAACAACCGACCUGAAGAUGAAACUAAAGCUACCCCAGUUGAGGAUGUAGAGGAAGUGCAACUUGAUGAUAGCGAUCAAAACAAGAAGACACAAGUUGGAACUCGAUUGAACCCAAAGGAAAGAGCAGAGCUAAUAGCUUUCCUCCGAGCUAACAAAAAUGUCUUCGCUUGGACCUCAGCAAACAUGCCAGGGCUUCCAACCUCGGUUAUAAAGGAAGAAAUGGAGAAACUCUUGCAAGCUGGCUUCGUCAGGAGAGUUGGUUAUUGUGAAUGGGUGGCCAAUCCAGUGUUGGUCAAGAAUGCAAAUGCUUCUGGAAAUGAGAGAUUAAGUUUGUUAGAUGAAUAUUCUGGCUACCAUCAAGUGCCAAUGGCUCCAGAGGAUAAAGAGAAAACCUCAUUCUAUGCUGGUGAUGAAAUUUAUUGUUAUGUCAUGAUGCCCUUUAGCUUAAAGAACGCAGGUGCCAGUUACCAGAAGAUGGUGACCAUCGUAUUUCGAGCUCAGAUCGGUAGGAAUCUGGAAGUUUAUGUCGAUGGCAUCAUGGUGAAGAGUCUGAAGGCAAAAAAUCAUUUAGCUGACCUCGAUGAAACAUUCAAUAACCUAAAAAAAAAAAAAAGAAUGCGAUUGAAUCCAGCAAAGUGCAUCUUUGGCAUGGAGUCUGGGAAAUUUCUAGGCUUCAUGGUUUCCCAGAGGGGGAUUGCACUACUGGAAACACCUAUAAUUUAGACUAAAACAUUGGUCUGAAA